AUGUCGGACGCCUGCUUCUGGCUCACAAGGUUUUCCUCGCCCCUAAGAGCAAAGAAGCACCUCCGCGACAAUCUUGGUGAGAUGAUCAAGAUUCCACUGGAGCUCAUGAUGUCGUGCGUAGCAUUUAUGGAGUUCCUCAACGAGGAGAAGCAGGCUUCCGCGAUGACAAUCUGGAUCGAAAAGGCUGGUGUAUGUCAUUACAUCAACUUCAUGUCGACCGGAGUUCCAUUCACCGGAGCUAUUGUCGGAUACAAUCUUUGUGAUACCGACGAAGCAAAGGAGUGUCUGGAGAUAUCAUCGGCUUCCAUGGAAGAAGCUUGUUGGCUAAGCAUGCUGCAUGGGAAAGUGGAAGAGACAUUCUUUUUUGGCUUCUUGAUACGGGAUUGCUGGCAGCGGGGCGAGGUCCCAGGCCUUUUCCUUGGCCUGCUCGGAGUUCUGACCAUCGUCUCACGCCAUGGAGCCUGGUCAGGCGGCAGCGCGCUCGGGGUCGUGUUGCAGAUCGCGGGGGUCAUCUGCAAGGCCUCUGCGGCCACAUUGGCUCAGUACUACAACUGGCGACCUGAGGUGAAGGCAUCCGUGAUGCUGCAGGCCUUGGUCCAGGCGACGUUUGGAGCGCUCGUCGCAACCAUCCUCUCUCUUGCGCUGGACUUUCGUGGCUUGACACCGAGUUUCCUCGAUCCCAGGCACCUUAGCAAAGGUGGUGGCUGGGAGUUUCUCGCCGACGUCGGCGGAGAGCAGUGGCUUUGUCUCCUGGGGCUCGGCCUCUUCGGAAGCUGCGUCGUCUACAUGCUUCAGUUUUUGCUCCUUCGACGAGUGGGCGCCGUGCGGCAAACUUUGAUGGACCAAUUUGCUCUGAUCAUCGGUGUGCUGGAGGGGGCGAUCCUCCUGGGCGAGUGGUGUUGCUGUACCGCCCGCGAUUCACUGGCGACGACUACGACGUCACCUUGGAGCCGAUGGUUCAGGCCAAUCGCUUCGUUCUCGAGCGCCCGGCUGGGUGAACAUCGCCUGCAGCCUUGCCAUCGAGAGCUGGAGCGAGAAGGAGCUUGCAGAUCUUCCCCACGGUCCUCCUCUCAGCGCUGCACGCGAUGA